AUGGAUGUUGUAUGCAGCGGAGUUGUUCUUCUCAUGAUACUGGCUGUUGCACCAGUUGCAGUAGCAGCAGCAAAGGAGUCUGCUGUGAAUUUAUUGGAAGCUGAGGCACUGCUCACGAGUGGCUGGUGGGGAGACAGCAGUACUACUGCGACAAACAUCUCUGCCCACUGCCAGUGGCCUGGUAUCAUUUGCAACGAUGUUGGCAGCGUUACCGAAAUACUACUUCCGAACUGCAGAAUUCAAGAUGAAUUGACAAAUUUCAGCUUCUCUUCUUUUCGGAACCUGGUUAGACUAGAUCUCAGUCGAAAUGGUCUUUACGGGGCCAUCCCACGUCAAAUUGGUGCACUCUCCAAACUCACCUAUCUCAAUUUGUCUUCCAACGAACUUGAAGGUGAGCUUCCGCCUUCUCUAGUAAACCUUACGCAACUAGCACAUCUCGAUGUUUCUUGGAAUUUGAUUGACAGCUUAAAUCCUCCAUGUAUCGGAAACUUGACAAACUUGGUUACUCUAGACUUGAGCCACAAUUCAUUUUUUGGUCCCAUCCCUCCAACUCUUGGAAAUUUGAAGAGAUUACUUGAAGUAAACUUGAGUUACAAUGGAUUUUCUGGUAGCAUUCCUUCAACACUUGGUCAAUUGUCUAAUCUACUUUCCCUUGACCUCAGCAAUAACCACUUCAGUAGAUUUCUCCCUAAAGAAAUAGGAAAUUUGAAGAGUUUAGUUGAAUUAGACAUCAGUUACAGUGGAUUUUCUGGUAGCAUCCCUCCAGCUCUUGGUCAAUUGUCCAAUCUUGCCUCCCUUGACCUCAACAAUAACCACUUCAAUGGGACAAUUCCUUCAGCUCUUUUUAAUUUGACAAAUCUUUCCCGACUAGACAUUCACUCUAAUCCUGCAAUGGGAGGAUUUCUCUCAGAAGAAAUAGGAAAAUUGAAGAGUUUAGCUAAAUUAGAUUUCAGCGGCCUUAAUCUUUCAGGUGCCCUUCCUUCAUCUCUUUGCGGCCUAACCAAGCUAGUCUCUCUUUCAGGAGCUCAGAAUCAAAUGCAUGGUUCCAUUCCCUCUGAAAUAGGAAAUUUGAAAUAUUUGGAAUAUCUAGAUCUUGGGUCCAACCGGCUGACUGGUCAAAUCCCUCCGACCCUUGGCAAUCUGACUGCUCUGUUUUAUUUGGACAUCUCUUCUAACCAAAUAAGUGGUUCCUUGCCUCUUGGACUUGUCGAUCUGCCUGUUCUACAAAUUAUAGAUCUUUCCUCAAACCAGCUUGUAGGCCCAAUUCCUACCCAAUUUGGGGAUGACAUUAUUAAAUCGGAGUGGUACCUUUCGACUUUGGAUCUUUCCCACAAUAUUCUCUCUGGCACUGUCCCCUCGUCUCUUUCUCGACUGGGGGACGUCGACCUGUCCUAUAAUGCUUUGGAAGGUGAACUUCCGUGUGAGCUUGUCAAUAAGUUUGGUCCAGGAAGUUUUGACGGCAAUCCAGACUUGCAUUACACUUCCGCUCUUUGUGGUGCAUCUCCUCCUGUUAUGAAAAAUCACAGACAUCACCCCCCAUACUACAUCAUAGGUCAUGGCGUGUCCUUGUUGGUGUUCUCAUUAAUUGGCGGAUUAGUGCUUUAUAUCUUCUGCAAAACCAAAGUCAAGAAAGUGGAAGUUGAGCUGAUGGACAAUAAACAUGGAGACAUUUUCAGAAUAUGGAACUACGAUGGACAUAUGGCUUAUGAAGACAUAAUUAAAGCAACAAACGAUUUUGAUGUCAGUUAUUGCAUCGGGACAGGGGGGUAUGGUUCUGUAUACAGAGCGCGGUUGCCAAGUGGGAAAGUAGUGGCUUUGAAAAAGCUUCACCGUUUGGAAGGCGAGAAUCCAAAUUUUGACAAGAGCUUUAGGAACGAAGCCGACAUGCUAUCUAAAAUCAGGCACAGGAACAUUGUAACGCUCUUCGGAUUCUGCCUGCACAAGCGAUGCAUGUUUCUGAUUUAUGAGUAUAUGGACAGAGGAAGCUUGUUUUUUAUCUUGAGAGAUGAAACCGAAGCUGUGGAGCUGGAUUGGAUUAAAAGAGUGAAUUUGAUCAAGGGCAUUGCCAGUGCAUUGUCCUACUUGCAUCAUGAUUGUGAUCCGCCAGUCAUUCACAGGGAUGUAUCAAGCAACAACAUUCUUUUGAAUUCACAGCUCGAAGCAACUCUUUCUGACUUCGGAACCGCGAGGAUUUUGGAACUUGAUUCAUCAAAUCAAACAGUCAUUGCAGGCACCUUUGGCUACAUGGCACCAGAGCUAGCCUAUACCAUGGUGGUCACUGAAAAGUCCGAUGUGUAUGGCUUUGGAGUUGUGGUGCUGGAAACGCUGUUUGGAGAGCAUCCACAAGAAUUCCUUUCUUGCAUAUCAUCACAACCCAAUGAACCAAUAAUGCUGAAGGAUCUUCUUGAUUCCCGUCUGCCCCCUCCGACUAACCCUUUGGUGGUUCGAAAUGUGGCUCUCGCGACAGCGUUAGCCCUGGAUUGCGUCAACGCAAACCCGAAAUGUCGACCAACAAUGCAGCAAGUGGUGAACCGAUUUGAAGCGGGCAGGCGAGAACCAACUAGGCCUUUGCACACCAUUGCUGUGAACCAGCCUGUUAGUCCACCAGUACUUUCACUGCCUGACCAAACCCGCGCAGAUGGGACGAGUAGCCUAAGCACCAUAAAUGAAUUCCAUGUGGAUAUCUCUGCGACUCUGCCAUCAUCCAAUUUUUCUAUCCAUGUUUCUACCUAAACAACUUUGACAUUUGGUAGGAAACAGAAUAAGAUCGUGCUUUGCAAAAUGGAAACUUGACCAAGCACUUAGAUUGCUGCAUACUACUAUUUAGUGUGCUAAUGAAAAAAAAAAGUGUACUUGUUAAUUUUAAAAAAAAAAAAGAAAUUUUCCUAUGUUACCAUUAAAGUCUUGGCUAGGAAAUUUUAUUGUCAAUAUUUCGGCAAUAGGAGAU